CUCGAUCACCGUAAUUAAAUAAAAUAUCGAUAUAGACUACAAAGAAAUAAAAUGAUUCAAUGGAACGCGAGUAAAAUCUUUAUAUUUUAAAGUAAGAUAUAAAUAAUGCAUUUGUGGUGUAUGUUUUAAAGGAGAGGAGACACCAUAUUUCAGUAAAAUGGGAGCUGGUGCUUCAGCUAAACCGAACAAAGAAACCAAAAAAGAGGCAAGCUCUACGUCUCCUGAAAGCAUUUCAGGAAGGAAUGGAGUUAACGAACCGCGUGAAUUGCAGGUCGUGGUUGCAAUAGAUUUCGGAACAUCUUACUCCGGAUACGCCUUCUCCUUCAAGGGAUCCCAAAACGAAAUUAAGACACAAAGGCUUGGCGGCAAGCUGUCAAAGGAUCGAGUUCCUACGGUCCUGCUGCUCAAUCCCGACCAGACGUUUAACUCGUUCGGUUACUAUGCUAUGGAGACGUACAGCAGCCUGCCCGAGGAGGAAAGGCAAAAGUACUUUUACUUUGAGCGUUUUAAGAUGUUCCUGUACGAGAAAUUGCGCGGCGAGACGAGAGUGAAAAGGGCCACACUUGAACUGCGGGCCGCGUAUGAUUUGGAGCUAAGGGAUUUGGGGGAGCUGUACCAGCUUCGUGUUAACCAGUUGCCUGAGUACCUACGGAAACACGCCAAUUCUAAAGAGGCACAAACGACACUGUCUCCCUUGUUACGAAUAAAGGACAUUUCAGAAAAAGAGUUAGAUGCACGAACAAUAUUCUCCUUAGCCAUUAAGUACUUUAAAGAUAUCGCUGUGGAAACAGUGGACCUAUCCACACUAGGUUUAAAGGAGGAGUACAUCCAGUGGAUGAUCACCAUUCCAGCUAUCUGGUCAGACUACGCCAAACAGUUCAUGCGCCAGGCAGCAAAAGACGCCGGAAUACGCCCUGAAAACCUGCGACUCGUCCUCGAACCAGAGGCGGCCUCUCUCUACUGUGAAGAGGAUGCAAUCGUAGCGUCUGGCAACACAUUAGAUAGUCUUCCGGUUGGCCACAAGUACAUCCUGGCUGACCUUGGAGGCGGCACGGUUGACAUUUGUGUACACGAGGUCAUGGACGAGGGAAAACUCCGGGAAUUAUACAGGGUCACUGGCGGAGAUUUUGGAGGAAAUACGGUGGACAAGGAGUUUGAAAUAUUCAUGUCGAAAAUUGUAGGACUUGAAGUUUGGAAUGAGUUUAAGAAAAAGUAUUUUGCGUACUAUCAUGACUUCAUGGGAAGUUUUGAAACUAAAAAGAGAGAUUUUCGUAUGGAUACUGCAACAAUAAAUUUUAGAUUAGAACCAGCGCUCAUAUCACUGUGUGAAACACGUUCAAAUGAAACAUUUACUUCUAUAGUUGCUCGAUGUAAACACAGUACCAGUGUUGAAUAUAAACCAAUGGUAGGAAAACUUUUUUUAAAUAGAUCUGAAAUGGAACGAUUUUUCGAUCAUUCUUUAAGGAAAAUUAUAGAGUCAUUAAGUGAUAUUUCACAAGCUUGUAAAACAGACAAUAUCGCAACCUUGUUGCUCGUUGGAGGAUACGCCGAGUCCCAUUAUGUAAGAGAGAUAAUUAAAUCAUCCUUUCCUCUCUUAAGAGUCAUGUGCUCUUCUGACUCAAGUCUGGCCGUUUUGAAAGGAGCCGUUAUGAUGGGAUACAAACCGAGAGAUAUCGUAGAACGGAGGGCCAGGUUCACGUAUGGGUUUGGUUGCCAUAAGGCAUUUAUACCGGGCAAGGAUCCGAAUAUGUUAAGAUUUAUCGAUGAUGGUGUGAUGGCUUGUGGGGCAGUGUUCGAGAAGAUGAUAGAGAAGAACCAGGUGGUAAAGUACGGGGACACGUUCACAUAUGUCGGAUACUUCACUGCAUCAGAUCCGUACGAUAAACAUAAAGUGAAGCAUAUCUCGCUCUGGCGGUCGUCGGUACCAAACACCCGCUACUGCCUGGAAAAAGAGGGAAGCGAAAUACUAGGGAUAGAGGACCAGGCCUGUGAGGAAGUGGCAAUGAUCUACAUGAAACCCCCGACCGAGGGAUGGCCGAUUUUCUCGAACACUGACACACAUAUUAUCAUUGGAGAGACGGAAUUGACUCUGAAAGAUGUGAAUAAGACCACUGGGCAAAUGUAUGAAACCAGCUUGAAUUUUUUUUAAGUUACACACAAUUAAAUAAUAUAUAUCUGAAUACGUUAAAUUCCAUGAACAUGUUUUUGAAUCAGUGUUACUUGUAAUGUCAUAUUUAAGAAGUGUGUGCAUCUGAUAUUCACGAACAUCCUCUGAAUCUCACAUGAUCAAUUUAAUUUAAAUAUUAUUGACAAAUUUAAUAAAGGCAUUUGUGUUAUCCUUUCAGUUAUAUUAUA